AUGCCAGCGAGCAGUCAAAAGCCAGUCCAUAUUGGCGACACCAAAUUACUCGCCCAGCGAAUUCUCACACUCGCAAACAAAAGCGAAAACACAAGAGUGGUGAUAGCAGUCGCUGGAGUUCCUGGCGCCGGAAAGUCCACAAUGGUCACCAGAGUGGUGGAUGAGUUGGCGGCAGUGGGAGUGGGCGCGAAACUGUUGCCGCAGGACGGGUACCACUAUUCGCGCGCCCAGCUCGCCCGAUUUGCGGACCCAGCAGAGGCGGUGAGAAGACGGGGUGCACCAUUUACGUUUGAUUCACAAAGCUUUGUAGAAACAGUAGAAAAAUUAAAAGGGGUGGGUUUGAAUGGCUCUGUUUGGGCUCCGCUGUUCGACCAUAGCAUUAAAGAUCCAGUCGAAAAUGAUAUCUGCAUUGGUCCAGAAAUCAAGGUGGUAUUCGUGGAGGGAAAUUAUGUGGGCUUGGAGGAGGCUCCGUGGGACCGGGUCCAUGGCGCCAGCGACGAGUAUUGGUUUGUGGAUACCUCGCCAGAGUUGGUGCGUGAACGGCUCAUCGCGCGCCAUUUGGCCCUGGGGGUAGCUGCCACUGCGGAAGAGGCUGCAGAGCGGUGUGAUGGGCUGGAUGGCGACAAUGCAGAGUAUAUUCGGGCACAUCUGCGGGUUCCGGAUGUGGUGGUGGAUCUUGGGUGA